AUGGAAAUCUCCAAACUGGAGCUGGCGAAACUGAAAGAUAUGAACACGUCUCGCGACUAUUUUUACCCCAGAUACUUAGAGUGCAUUAAUAAAUAUGGAUCGCCAUACAACAAAAGUCCAAAUUUUGUUACGUGCGUUCAAAACUUGCCUGACCAGUGUACUCCGAACCCCUGCGAUAUGGAGGGCACCCAAGUCUGCCAAGACCUGAUGGGCAACUUCUACUGCCUGUGCAAAGCCGGCUGGCGGGGCCGGCUCUGUGACCAAGACGUCAACGAAUGCAGCCAGCAGAAUGGGGGCUGCAAUCAAAUUUGCUACAACCAGCUGGGCAGCUUCCACUGCGCCUGUUACAGCGGCUACUUGCUCUCCUCGGACAGCAGGACCUGUGAAGACAUCGAUGAGUGCGCAGAUGUGCAUGCCUGCGGGGAGGCACGCUGCAAGAACUUGCCAGGCUCCUACUCCUGCCUCUGCGAGGAAGGCUACAAGUACGACCCGGAGAAGAAGGCCUGCCUAGAUGUGGACGAAUGUGCGGCAAAGCCCUGUGAGCAGACCUGCGUUAAUUCCCCGGGGAGCUACACCUGCCACUGUGACGGGCGCGGGGGCCUCAGACUGUCGCAGAACAUGAACACCUGUGAGGACAUUUUGCCAUGCGUUCCUUUCAAUAUGGCCAGAAGUAUGAAGUCUUUAUAUCUGGGACGGAUGUUCAGUGGGACCCCCGUGAUCAGGCUACGUUUCAAAAGACUGCAGCCCACCAGACUUGUGGCUGAGUUCGAGUUUAGAACCUUUGACCCUGAAGGUGUCCUUUUCUUUGCCGGAGGCCAUCAAGACAGCACCUGGAUCGUCCUCGCCCUGUGGGCUGGCCGGUUGGAGCUGCAGCUCAGCUACAACGGGAUCGGCCGCGUCACCAGCAGUGGGCCCAUCAUCAACCACGGCAUGUGGCAAACGAUUUCCGUCGAGGAGCUGGAGCGGAAUCUCGUGGUCAAAGUCAACAAGGACGCUGUUAUGAAAAUAGCGGUGGCCGGGGACCUGUUUCAGCUGGACAGAGGACUGUACCACUUGAACCUUACAGUGGGGGGCAUUCCCUUUAAAGAGAAAGACCUCGUUCAGCCGAUAAACCCUCGCCUGGAUGGUUGUAUGCGGAGUUGGAACUGGUUGAAUGGCGAAGACACCACUAUCCAAGAAACAGUCAAAUUGAACACGAAAAUGCAAUGCUUCUCUGUGAUGGAAAGGGGGGCCUUCUUCCCAGGCAAUGGAUUCGCCUUCUUCAGCCUCAAUUACAUGCGGACGUCACUGGACGUGGGAACGGAAACGACCUGGGAAAUAGAAGUCAUUGCUCGGAUCCGCCCGGCCUCGGACACUGGCGUGCUGCUAGCGCUGAUGGGCGAGGACCGCACCGUCCCCUUCUCCGUGGCCCUGGUGGAUUACCACUCCACUAAGAAGCUCAAAAAGCAGCUGGUGGUCCUGGCUGUUGAGAAUGUCACCCUGUCCCUGAUGGAGAUCAAGGUCUGUGACAGUCAGGAGCACGUCGUGACGGUCUCUGUGAAGGAAGGGGAGGCGAGCCUGGUGGUGGACGGCACCAAGGGCCAGAGUGAAGUGAGCCCCGAGCAGCUGCAGGAAAGGCUGGCUGUGCUGAAGAGGCACCUGCAGGAACCUGUGCACACGUUCCUGGGGGGACUCCCAGAUGUUCCUGUGACUUCAGUGCCGGUCACAGCUUUCUACCAUGGCUGCCUGACUCUGGAGGUCAACCAGAAGGCCCUGGACUUGGACGAAGCCGCGUACAAACACAGUGAUAUCACAUCACACUCCUGUCCCCCCAUCGUGCACAACACGCCGUAGACUCCAAGGCCCCAGGAGGCCCACGCAUUUUUUAUCACGAGAACGUCCUCGCGCUUUUCCUUUUAAGAACCAACGGCAAGAAGACAGGGGAAGCCUGUUUCUGCCAGGGGCCCGCUGCUGCUUGCCACUAGUUGAGUUUUUCGUGGAACCCUCUGUCUCCCUUGUCACCUAGGUGUAAAUAGCCCGGAAGCCGGAUGUUGUUCAGAUCUGGAAGCACACGGAACUCCCAAGGGUCUGGAGGUGGGAGCCCGUCAUCAUAAAGGGAGCUGGGAGUCUGGCCACAUAGCAGCAUCGUCGACUUGAAGAAAAGAAAAAGUAAUUCUCUAUUAUUUUUAUUACCAAAUGCUUCUUUCUGACUUAAAGAGAUACGGGAAAAUAAAAUAUUUACAGAAAACGUUUUAA